CAAAAGUCCUGCCGAUUGCCCGACUGUUUCUGCGCCGGCACUGAUAUACCCGGUAACAUACCGGUGAGCCAAAUGCCCCAAAUCAUCCUGAUCACUUUUGACGACGCCAUCAAUGACAUCAAUUGGCACAUCUAUGACGAGGUGUUUCAGCCGCACCGCACGAACCCCAACGGGUGUCCAAUACGGGCCACUUUCUACGUGUCGCACGAGUGGACCGAUUACGGUCAGGUGCAGACACUGUACUCCCGGGGCCACGAAAUGGCCUCACACUCUGUCACGCAUAGUUUUGGCGAGAGGUUCAGCAAAAGCCAGUGGCAUAAAGAGAUCAAUGGUCAGCGAGAGAUACUGCACUUGUAUGGGGGCGUCAAUAUGGAGGACAUCCGCGGUAUGAGAUCCCCUUUCCUCCAGGGAGGGGGUAAUAAGCAGUUUGAGAUGCUAUACGAGGCCAACUUCACCUACGACUCGACCAUGCCCAUUUUUGAGAACAGCCCCCCGUACUGGCCCUUCACACUGGACUUUGCCUCCAAUCACGAGUGUAUGAUCGCUCCCUGUCCCACCAAAUCGUUCCCGGUACUGUAUAACUGA